GUGGCACCUGCAAACAAGCACUUGUCCUGCAUGCAAACACUAGAUAUUAUCAACUCGCUAAAAAAUAUCAAUAUAUUUUAUUUGUUACUAUCCAGUGAUGAUUCUUUAUUCGUACUUGUUACUUGAAUGAGUUCAUUUUAUUGGUUGUGACUGCCAUUUUGCCAUUACGAGUUCGACGGGGCUAUAUUACGUACUUUUUAUAAUGCUCUAUGGUAAAUAAAAAUUCCUUCUAACCAGUUGCGAACAUAAAUAUCUGUACACUUCUAUAAAGUAAUAUUUUAAAUGUUUCGCAACUCUCUUAGCUCACAGAUGAAAAAUUUGAAAUAGCAAUUUACUUUGCUAUUUUACCACUAUUCCAUCCCGCGCAUAAUAUUCCCAGUACGAAGCAUAAACCAGUGCAAAUUAAAAAAAUGUACCUUUCUAACAUGCAUAUAAACACCGUCUAUAUAUAUAUAUAUAUAUAUAUAUAAGUCGCGGUUUUCUGAUCUAAAAUAUAAUUCUUUUAUAUUUUGUUAUAAUAGCAACUCAUAACUCUCGCACUUUGGAACUACGUGGGAUUGUGUAGAAAUAGAAGUUCAAAACACACAAUAUGAACUCCCAUUUAAAAAUGAGAAUAUUUAAUCUUGUGUAAGGUCAUCCACAUAUACCUCUACAACUCGCUUUCUCCAGUUUCUUUCAUUUUUAUGAACUUCUUAGUUGUCCUUAAACACUUAGAUUUUUCGGAAUAUUGACAUAUCCAUUAAAUAUUUCAUGUAUAUCGUGGCUAAGCAAGAUUUUAGCUAAUCUAGACAUAUCAACAUAUCUCUAUUCGUGGCUACUACCAGAAAAUGAUUUGUAAAUAUAGGUAACGGUAGUGCGAAAACAAGCGUUGAAGGCAGUUUCUCAACCCCGAGUCAAAACCAUGACCAAAGAAAAUCAUGGUAUCAUUUUAUCUACAUACGUUUCCAAAAAUGCUUUUAUCGGCACAUGAAAAAUUAUUUAUCCGAAUAUCUGUUUCAAUUUCCCAAUUAGCAUCCUGUAUAAUGCAACACCUUUUUUGCUAAGUAACGCCGUAACGCAUCACAUUGAAUUACACACUUUGAUAAAACUGUUUAAUCUACAUUCAAGCCAAUGGCAUGCUUAGCUUUCGUUAGUUCUUUGCUCAUAAAAGAUGUAGUCUGAACAGUCAUACACGACAUAAUGACUCACACUGGUAUUUGUUAAAACAUCAUAACUCCAUUACAACCAUUGAUUUAGCAACAGUUUCUAUUUAUAAUUUCGGUCACUCUCUCAACAGAUAUGUGGUAAAUCAUUCUAUAGUUGUAUUGGCCGACCUUAUUCCUAAUUCUCAGAAUCCUCUAGACUAAAAACCUCACCGAAACAUAUGGUUCAUAUCGGUGCUUUUUAGGCUUUCGUUAAGGCUAACCAUCGGAAGAUCGUUACGCGCUAAAACGCAUUUUUUCGAGUGACUGAAUACCCCUAGUUUUUAGAGGAUCCCAUUGAAUACAAGCAUCAAUAAAAUUAGAUGUUUGGUGGUGCAAAAGAUGAUGCAGUACGCAAAAUCUCGGAAGUGUCGCAAUUUAAACAACUGACGAAAAAGGACGCCCAGGUCUUAAUGCUCAACGAAAUCGAGAAACUAAUCACAACGUGUCAAUCGAACGAGAAAGAGGGUGUGGAAGAAGAGCUUCAUCGUUUUCAACGGCUAUUCACGCGUUUUUUAACGUCUUCAAAACCUAUCGACUGGGACAGAAUCACAGCUCUGCCGCCGGAUGCCAUUCGGGAUUAUGCUGACCUCCCAAAACCAUCGGCCGACGUCGUGCAAGAUUUGCUUUCCAAGCUAGUCGUUGUCAAACUAAACGGUGGACUUGGAACUUCAAUGGGUUGUCAAGGGCCUAAAAGCGCGAUACCAGUACGCAACGAUCUCACCUUUUUAGAUCUGACGGUCCAGCAAAUCGAGAACCUGAACGCGACCUACGGAUGCGAUGUUCCACUAGUAUUAAUGAACUCAUUCAAUACAGAAGACGAUACUAUCCAAAUUCUACGGAAGUACAAAGGUUUCAACGUUAAUAUCUUCACAUUCCUGCAAUCACGCUUUCCACGCAUCCACAAAGAUACUCUUAUGCCGCUGGCCAAAACUCUUGCAGACAAGGAUAAUGAUGAAUCCUUCUAUCCGCCUGGUCAUGGCGAUUUCUACGAGUCGUUUUGCCAAUCAGGUUUGCUCAAGCACUUCUUAAACCAAGGUCGCGAGUACGUAUUUAUGUCAAACAUAGAUAAUAUGGGCGCAACAGUAGAUUUAAACAUACUGUCGUUCCUCUUGUCCUCCAAUGACAAACCAGGAUUCGUUAUGGAGGUUACGGAGAAAACCCGCGCCGAUGUGAAAGGUGGUACGCUUAUCAAUUAUGGGGAUCACAUCCGACUGCUGGAAAUCGCACAAGUCCCACCCGACCAUGUAGAUGAAUUUAAAUCUGUCAAGAAAUUUAAGAUCUUCAAUACGAACAAUCUUUGGAUUCGUCUUGAGGAAAUUGAAAACAUUGUGGAAAGUGGCUCGCUAGAGCUUGAGGUCAUCGUGAACCCCAAAACCCUAUCAAAUGGGGUAAAUGUCUUGCAACUUGAAACUGCUGCCGGAGCAGCGAUUAACCAUUUCGGCCAUGCAUUUGGAAUUAUCGUUCCCAGGUCACGUUUCCUUCCUGUUAAGAAAACAUCCGACCUUAUGCUGGCGAUGAGCAAUCUCUAUACAAUGAGCAACGGCACCCUCACUAUGUCACCUCUUCGGGCAUUUCCGACUGUGCCUUUUGUCAAGUUAGGAGAUAAGCACUUUUCGAAGGUCCGGGACUUUCUAUCUCGCUUCAGCUCGAUACCAGACAUAUUAGAGCUUGACCAUUUGACUGUAUCCGGCGACGUCACGUUCGGAAAAGGUGUUGUUCUCAGAGGAACAGUGAUCAUUAUUGCCAACCACGGAGAUCGGAUUGAUGUUCCAGAAGGAGCAAUUCUUGAGAACAAAAUCAUGUCUGGGAACUUGCGCAUCCUUACUCAUUGAUUUUUCUGCAACUAUACCGGCUUCGUGAUUAUCCGAAACAAGAGACCACUGUUACCUUUUUAAAACAACUAAUAAUUGCAAUUAAGACCGAUUCUUUAAAUUAUGAUUGAAAAAACUUUGCUUUUUUCAAUAACCUGAACAUUUGAUUAUUUUUUAUGCCAUGGAUGUCUCAGGAUGGAGCGUGCUCCUAACAGCCAUCAAAUGAUAAGGUGAAGCAACAUUCCGAAUCGAUUGAAAUGUAAAAUAUUCCACCAUUUUGCAUAUUAAUGAUCUACAGUUACUUUGUGCGGAAUGUUGUUAAGUCUACGAUUACGUCAUAAGAAAUAAUUUAAGACCCUUUCACCUGUCAAUUUUACAGUGAGCAGUACUUUUUUAUUAGCAUGGCGCAGUUUUUCGGACAUUUUCAAUUGACCACCUACUUAAAAUCAAUUCCCUUUUUCCGUUACAGAUCUGUUUUAGCAUUAUUUCUGUCGAGCAACAAGCAGCCAUACGGUCACACGGUUUUGACCCAAUUCGAUGAGAUUCGGAAUUUUUUCUUGUUUUAUUUUUCUGAUUAGAUUUCAACAAAAACAUAUUUUUUAACGGACGGUUCUUUACGUGCAAAAAGUCUUAUUCCUGAAGGUCAUAUUUAUUAAAUCUAGCUUGCAUUUACCUUAAUUAAAGCUCUAACUUGAGACCUAAGGCACUCAACAGUGAUUCUCAAAAUAUAUCUGCUUUACUUAGCAAGUAACUUUUCAACAGUAGUCGCACGUUAAGCGAUAUUGGUAAGUGUUAAGUUUUUAAGGUAUCGCUCGAAUACGCUACAAAAAAUAUCUAGCCCGAGCAAAAUAUUCGAAAAAUGUAAACAGGCGCAAGAAAUCUCAGAGAUACUGAGUGUUGGAGUUUAUUUGGACGACCCAGUUGGGAAUGAGUACUCCCUCUAUUUGAACAUGACCACACUUUUCAGUACCGAAAACACAAGAUCAUCAAAAAUGUCUUUUUGCACUAUUGCGAUGAAUUUCAGAUGUUUUAAAUCGAAUCCCUAUUGAGAAUCCUUCUUUUUGCCCCAUGAAAAUCCUCCAAUUUUUUUGGAAGACAUAUGCAAAUUGUCAAUAACACCGAUUUCGCAAAAAAAAAAAUUCGAAUCUCGAUGGGAGCUCAUCCCACGCAGAGAGUUUAAUAAUAACGGAUCUACGCUAAAAUUAAAAGGAUAACUCAUUGUUCUCCACCAUAAUAAAUUUAUAGUUUUGUUUUAAAAAGAACUGACUUUUUUCUAGCUUCAAUACCAUAUUAAAAUGCGCGGUUCAGUACCAAUAACAGCAUCAUAACGGAGGUAAGCAAAACAGGCCGUCCAAACAGAUUCGGUGCAUUUACCUAUUUUGAAUUUGUAUCUUCUCUGGUUUUGUUCUCUCGUGCUUCCGCUUUGUAGUUGCCAAGUGAUACUCAGUUUUGCCUUUUUUGCACCUUGAUGAAAUCUUUCAGCAUCGAUUUAUUAUCAAAAUGCAUAUUACCCAUGGUGGGCUCACAGUCAUCGAUUAUACGACCCGUAAAGAAUAUAGUAUUAUUCACGCUACUAAAAUGCAAACUGUUGAUGAGCUGAUUUUACUGAUUCAAAUUAUAAUAACUUGAGUUUGGCGAAUUACGCAUUCUCCCAUUACAACAAACACUAUAUUGCGCCAUAUUCUACUGCCGACGUUGCGCGCUUUACAGGCAGUCCAGUGUGCCAAUUAUUCUUCGAAUUUUGCUUGAGUAGGCAAAAACCAUACGUUAGUUGCUCUUUCCGUUUUAAACGUAUUUCGGUCGGUUCGUGCACAUAAAAUAGUAAACAUCUUUUUAUGUGGUUACUUGGCUUAACAUAAAACACUUCACCGUACCAACAAAUGGUCUAUUUAAUCACACACGUAAUUACAUAAACACCUUCCACAUGUGAAAUUGCCAACACAUUAAAUAUUGCUAGCUUCAAAUCUAUUGACUAUACAAGUCUAUUUUCAGCCUAAAAGGCAAACACGAAUUAUUAAGUAUAGCCCGUCUGCUGUUCCAAAAUAAACUACUAGUAAUGCCACAGGCAUCAUAUGGUUUAAUCAAUGACCUUAUCACACAACAAAUGCAGUUUUGAGAACAAACAAGACACCGAAUAAACGAUUUUGUACUUUCAGUUUAUUUUUAAUUACGGUAUUUAUUUCCGAUGUCGUUCAGCUAACCGUUCUCUGUCAGCUACCGCACUGCUCAAAAGACACUCGGCAUGAUAGACAUUUUCUUGCAUGGCUACUCAUGGUCAAAUAGAUUUUAUAAUGACACGCUAAACUAAGCACAAUUUAUAGGAAAUGUUUCUAAGAUUGACGUCUAUAUGUAGGCAAGCACAAAAUCUCGCAUUAUGUUUUACUCAAUACUAACCGAUGCUUUAUAUUAUAUCAUUAUCGACAAAAUGCGCGAAACGCUUACUCAGAUACAGUCGCUCGAGCUUUUAGCACAAACGAUUUGCAGUGAGCCAUGGAAAAUCAGAAAAGUCAAGUGGUUCAGAUAUGUAAGUUUCGUUUCGGAACUACAACCAGAGAGACAGCUUGCUGCACAAGCAUUUAGUAAAAGAUAUACUACUGGAGGCACCGUAGGCUUUUAAUUUAAAAAAAUCCAGGGGAAAAUUUCGAACCCAAAAAUGAGUCUCGUGGAAGAUUUCUUGUGAACAUGAAUAACAAAUUGUUGAGAAUUUUGAUGGAUUCCGACUCGUUUCAAAGUGAACAAGUAUUAGCACUUGAAUUUGGUGUGCGUUCGAAUACCAUAGCUGCCCAUUCCGAUAAAAUUAAUAAGGUGGGAAAGUUAAACAAAUUGAUCAACGAGGAUCAAAAACAGCGACAUUCAUUUCUCAUUGCUUUCCCAUUAUAGUAUUACUAAGCACUGAAAUGUAAAAACGUAGGUUUUCUACGACGAUCGCAAACAUUAACGUCAAUGGGUGGAUACAACUGAACCGACAAAGCAUAAUCCAAGUAAAUGUACAGCUACAGGACCCUGUUAUAUGUUUCGUGGUGAGUCCUGGUUCGCUCAUUACCGAUAAAGCUUACUGUUAACAGAUGGAGGUGAUAAGCAACUUGUACAUUAAGCAGCUAAAAUCAGUGAACAGAAGUAAACUACCUCUACUGUAUGGUAAAAUUCUACGGUAGUUAAAAUGCACCGACAGUACUCAUACAAUGCUCCCACAAGUUCCCAUCCUCUUCAAAAUAUGGGCAAUCUUCUAUAGCAAAAUUGUGCGAACCUUAAAAUGAUAUUUAAACUGCCUUCCGAAGCCUUCUUUGCUUUUGUACCUCAACUUUAUCUAAAAAAAAAUAGGUGAUUCUCUAAAUUUUAGAAGGCCAUAGAUAAUGAUCUAUACGUCAAUAUAAAAUAAAAGAAAGAUGCCUAUGAAUAAAGUUCGAAAAGUUAAGAGCUCACUAU